CAUUUAGUUUGUACAAUUUCAACAAUUUUAUGCCUCGUAAGCAAAGACACACACAGGAAGAAAGCCAUACAGCCUUGGAAAGUGAACUAGCGCAUGUUGUCAUGGGGUUUGAUGCAAACUCCAGCUCUCAGCUGCACCAUAAGUGCAGUCAGGAUUGUCAUUGUGAUUGUGAACGGAAUUAGACAAUUUUACAAUGUAUAUGAAAUUUUACGUAAAGCUGAAUAUCAACAAUACGUCUGACAGGAAUUUAGAGGCACACAUCAAUAUGAUACAGUACAAUGGAUGAAAAUGUUAAUUGAACAUUUCAGUACAAAUAAACAGUAAGAUUAUUGAUAAUAUUAAUUGAGUAUGAAUCGACUAAUCAGUACUGCUGAUUACUGCUUUUAGAAGGAAAAAAUGAAAGCGCCGAAUUUCUAAUUAACGUCAGAGCAGUCAUUGCAGUAAUCAUUUUACGUAGAAAUAACCUGUUUAUCACAAGCAUACAAAGCCUAGUAAACUGCCUAUAGUAACUAAUUACGUUAAAGUAGAGGAUGAGUAGAUGUCCCCAUUUAAACUGUCUUUGUCUAUUGGCAGGUUCGGAAAUUGAAGCAGAGGAUCAUUAUGAUAAAAUUAAGCUCAAAUGUAAAAAUGGGAAGAAAUGGGUGAGUCCCAUUGGCAGUGAAGAGAGUACUACACUUGUGCUGGACUACAAUGAUGCUGCCUCAGGAGAAUACCAUUGUAUAUCUGAUAGUACAAAUGUGACGAUACUCGUUAAAUUCCGAACUUGUGACAACUGCAUUCAGCUGGACAUAGGGUCCUUAAUGGGUCUCAUCAUCGGGGACAUUCUGGCCACCUUCUUUAUCGGGGCAGCUGUUUACCUCGUGGUCUCGCAGCCCAAGGCGAGGGCCUACGGGAGCAGCUACAGCAAAGCAUCGGACAGACAGAACCUAAUCCAAAACCAGCAGAAUGACACCUACAUGCCCCUGCAAGGCCAUUCGUCAGAAUACAGCAAACUGGAGAGACGGGCGAAUCGGAAAUAGAGAUCCGCUCCUUCCAAGUCAAUGGCAACUUGCCGUAACGUUUGGCUGAUUUUCAUGUGCCACGGUGGCGAGGAAGAAACAGUCUUUUAAUGAAAGCCGGACGCAAGGGCGUAACAUGUUUAAAGUGCACAUCAUCGCCUUUUAAACCUGUCACACCGAUACGGUUCAUCCUCAUAACAAAGCAUUGUGUGUGUGUGUGUGUGUGUGUGUGUGUGUGUGUGUGUGUGUGUGUGUGUGUGUGUGUGUGUGUGUGUGUGUGUGUGUGUGUGUGUGUGUGUGUGUGUGGGGGGGGGGGGGUUAUGGUUAGGGUGGAGGGACUAUGUCCGCAACUGUGUAAAUUUGCUGCAUCUGACAUUUUCUAUUAUUGGAUACUAUAUACAGAUAGAGUGCAAAAACAUACAUACACACACACACACACACACACACACACACACACACAUAUGUAUGUACAUGUCUAUUUCUAUGUGUUGUACUGUUUUUUUUUAUUUUUUUUGGAAAAAUUUCAAUGAAUGUAAAACUUCCCAAAAAACAAAAAGAAAAAAAUUCAGUUACUGUCCUUCAUUCCCGGAAUCCGUUGCUUUGAUUUUUGUUGUUCUGACGAUGGACCGAUUAUUUUUUUCCUUUUAUGCCAUAAUGUAUAUUUUUCUGCAUAGCAAAACAUUUAAAAGCUUAGUAUGAAACAGCAGAAAGAUGAUUUUGUUGAGACUGUUUUGAUAUUAAGUUUAAAUGUUGGUACUAUUAUUAUUAUUAUUAUACAAGAUAAAGUACGAUUAACAAUGAUGAACCUGGUUUUGCUUACUUCAGAUUCUGUCCUUGUUUUCUUAUGCAUUACAUUUAGAUAAGUAAAUCUCUGUUGCUCUUUGAUCAUUUAGCUAUAUCAUUAUUUUAAUAAAUAAUAUACUAACAGUA